AUGAGUUUUUCUAGUUUGGAGGAAAGGCCAAAUACGGCAAGUAAUCUCUGGAGACAACCAUCAAUGCGGUCGGCUACUAGCAGCAUCAUAACAUCGAGUAGUGGAGGAGAAGAUAGUUUUCAGUCAUUGGAAACAUUGUCUACAGAUUUAACACUUCCAUACAGCCAAUCCAUUGAUCAGCUUUCUAUUCUUCAAGAUGGCUCUGCUCAUUAUUAUCAAUUAAUAGAUGAUUUAGCCAUUAUUGAUGAUCUUUACCAAUCCUUCCAACCUGACGAGAUAGAAGAGGAUAUCUAUGAGCGACAAGUAGCAGAUGUAGCCAGAAACGUAGCACAGAAAAAACAUGAUGUAGAUCAGAUAUACCAAUUAGAGAGCCAAUUCGUUCAGGAUCUCACCGCGUUUCAUCAAGUCUACCUAGUUCACUUACAGCGAUGGAUUCAUGAACCCAGCAAUACUGAUCUCUUCAAUAAGAAUACAUGUCAUCGAGCAGUACUUACAAAUCUAUUUGACCAUGUCUUAAAAUUACUCAGUGUGCAUCAACACUUUUUAAACAAUUGCAAAGAGAGACUCGACAUGUGGGGCCCAACUCAAUUCAUAUCUGACAUCUUUGGUAGCCUGUAUGAAAAAAUACCAGUGUAUGAACCUUAUCUGGAACUUAUUCCUAAUGUGGUUGUAUCACUUGACGCGCUCUAUUCAAAAUCAUCUUCCUUUCUCAAAUUUCUCGAAUCAUGUGCAGCCAAAACGGACAACCAAGUGAAAGAUAUUAUAUAUUAUAUAAAACGACCUAUUCAACGACUCUCGAUGUAUGUUUCCACUCUAUCACACAUCAUUUCUGUUACCGAGCCAUCGCACCCAGAUUACAAAGCCUUGAUCCGCAUUCGGGACAAGUUCAAUGCUCAAGACAAACAGUGGAGAACCUUAAUCAAGGAUAGGCUGGCACAUAUCCGGGCAUUGGAGGCUGCGAGAUCAAUGAUUGGCAGCCCGGUCUCGGUCUCGGUCACGCGACGACUUUAUAUCACCGGCUUAUUGACCAAAGUGGAUCUAUCGGAUGCUCAAUCGAUGAGUGACACAAGAACAUAUUUACUUUACAGUGAUUACUUCAUCUAUGGUCAAAAGAUCAAACCAAACAUAGGCAAGAAACCUCAACCACAAAAGCUUCAAUACAAAGGCGUCAUCAAUCUGAGAAAUGCUGAGCUUAAACCACUGUCUGAGCAGAUCGUCGCCAAGGUAUCUGAAAGUAAAAAAACGUCUGUUCUGACGGCUGCUUUCAAACGUAAUAAGCAGACCGAGCCACAGCCCAUAGUCUAUGUGUAUGGAUUCCAAUUGAAAAUCGAUCAAGCACUGUCUGAUAAUGCGGCAGGAACCAUUCUUCCUGGCGCUGUAUUAUCUAAUGGUAUUAACACACCUCAUAUAUCAACAUCAAAACAGCAACUUAUCUUUCGCACGGCUACAGAAGCAGAACAGAAUGCUUGGAUGUCCAUGUUAAAAAAAGCAAUCAGCAAUGUAUCCGUUAAAAAAUCAUAA